AUGUCGACUCUCACCCGCGCCUUUACCAAGCGCAACAAGCGGCCGGAGGUGUCGGCGCCCAUGCCGUAUCGCGGCGAAGGCCAUGUGCGAUUUAACUCGGGCUCCAUCAAACGAAGCAACAUCUCGGGCCCGGUGCAGCUGAUAUCAACCACCAACAUGCUCGCCUACAACGCACCCGACAUUCACUCCUCCAACUCCUCCUCCGCCUCAUCAUUGCGUUCGGGGGACGAUUUUGAUGCGAUCUCUCCGCAUAGUUAUUCGUCCUCCAUCACCACCCCGGAUGUGUCGCCCCACGAGUCACACCCCGUGGAUGCGAACCCUGCGUCGUACUUCCCCAAGCGGUCGGUAACCAUGACUAGCCACCCGCGCUCUUCCACCACCUCCUCGUCAUCCAACGAGGCCCCGAUGGUCCCCCAGCGGGCGCUGUCGCACACCAAGCGAUCGCAUCAAGAGCUGGCCCGGAAGCGCUCCCAGCACCGGAUGUCGCCACCUCCAUUGGCAGCUCCGCGCAGCAAUCCUAUCAUUCGUGCCUCUCAGGACGUUUUCCUCCCCGAGACACAUCCGUUUAGCAAGGAGCUGGAGCAGGUCAAUGAGGUGGCGGAAGAGUUCGGUGCCACACACAUGAUGGACGAAGAAGAGAUGGUACUGGUUCGCAAGGGAUUGAAGAAGUUCACUGUUGACGAUUACCUCACCGAAAUUGAGGAUCUCUAUGGAAGCAUCUUUGACGACAGACUAGGACCUAUCAGCAUGGGCCCCUGGCUGUGA